AUGAAUCCAUUUAGUUAAUUUGAAAAAUCAGAUGAAGAUUAUGAAAUUCCUCCUUUUAUAAAUUAAAUAAAAUUUAAUGAAUUAAUUAAAUAAGAAAACUAUUAAGAUGCAAAAAUUCAACAAUUUGACAACUUUAUCAAUAAUGAUAUUUCAAUCAUACUUAAUUUAGAAUAUUUAGGAAUUCAAAAUUUAAAUGAAAGAGUUUUGAUUAUAAAAGAAAAUGAUAGAAUUUUAGAUGUUAAGAGUAAAAUACAAAAAUAAGUCUUAAAGGAUUACAAUGUUGAAUUUGAACUUAUUUUAAAUGAAUAUAUUUUAUCAAGAAAUAACUCAACUGUUAAGGAAGAGUAAAUAAAAAACAAUAGUAUCAUCAUGGUAAUUAUCAAAAUUAAGAACUAUCUCCCAAUUCACAUUUAAACAAAUACUGGAAAAACGACAGUUAUGGAUUUUGAUUAUAGUUAUCCUUAAAAGGUGAUAAAUUUAAAAGUAGCAUAUCAAUAUAAAGAAGGAAUACCUCCAGAUUAAACGCGUUUAAUUUAUAAUGGUAAAUAAUUUGAUGACAACUAAUAUUUAAUAAAAUAUUUAAGAAAUUAAGAUGUUGAGGAGAAAUUCAAAAUUCACUUACUUCUAAAAUUGGCAGGAGGGAUGUAAUUAUUUAUAAAAAUGCCGACAUAAAACUAAAUUAUUGUUACUUUAGAACUCUCCACAUCAAUUGAUGAAAUAAAAAAACUAAUAGAAGAUAGAACGGGGCUGUCGAUAUAUGAACAGCGUUUAAUAUUCAAAGGAGUAGUAUUAUAAGAAGGUAAAACUCUUUCUUAUUAUAAUAUGAAAGCAGAAGAUAUGAUACAUGUAAUAUUGAUUUCAAACGAUUAAGAGGAUAACAACGUUUCCUUUUUUUUUGAAUAUCCUAAUCGAAAUAUGUUACUAUAAUUAAUGAUUGAUAAAAAUUUGCAAGUUAGCUACUUAAAGGAAGAGUUAAGGUUAUAAACAAAAGAAGAUUUCUUUCUAUUAAUCUACAAAAAUUAAGUUGUAGAUGAAAGUUGGGAUUCUUAAUUAAUUAAAAUUUUUGAACCAGAUUCAACUUUUAUUGUUGUGAAUUAAGAUUGGGAAUAUAAAGGAAUUUAAUUAACUAUGAAUCUUUCUGAUUUAACCAUUUAAGGAAUCAAAGAUUUACAAAAAAGUCUUAAUUUUUUACCAAGUCAGUUAUAAUUGAAUCAAUUCAUAACUUAAUGUAUGGAAAUUAUUCCUCAUAAAAAGGAGGGAUUAGAUAUAUAUUAAAAAUGUCCUAUAGAAAAUAUUCUUGCUAUUAAAAUAUGGACUAGUAAUCUAGUUUAUAGAUAAAUUAAUAUUGAUUUAUAAAAUGGGUUUUAUGAUAAAUGGAAAGUUUUUUUAAAAACUUUAUUAGCUGGUCUUAAACAUUGUCCUUAUUUUUGUGGUACAGGAUAUAGAGGAAUUAAAAAUUAUAAGAACUUGGAGCAAUAUUAAUAAGGAAAAUAAUUAUAAUGGUGUUAGGUGUCUGGUCUUUCUAAACUUGAAGAAAUAGCAAAUAAAUUUACAAAUACGGAAGGAACAUUUUUUGAAGUAAAAUUACUUACUGCUAAAGAUAUAUCAAGUAUUUCAUAAUUCCCAGAUGAAGAAGAAGUAUUAUUACAACCAUUCACAUGCUUCAUGGUUGAACGUACAUAGGUGAAUCACAAUAGUCCCUUAAUAAUUAAAUUAAAAGAAAUUCCAUAUCCUAAAUCAAUCGAUAAUGUCAUUCUUUGGGUAGAUGAUAACCCAAAAAAUAACCAUAUUUUUAUUUAGGAUUUAGAAUUAGAAAAUCCAGAAAUAUCAAUUAUUUAUUGUCUUUCAACUGCAGAAGCAGUAAAUAUUAUUAAUUUUUAUCGAGUUAUUGUUACAAAAGUAAUAAAAUAAUUUAGAGUUGUGACAGAUAUGGUUAGACUUGAAAAUAAUAAAAUGAAUUAUUAUGCUGGAAUAGAUCUUAUUGAAAUACUUUAUAAGUAGUUUUAAUUUUAAAAUUAAAUUUUAGUUUAUUGUUCAGAUGAAAAAAACGCUUAAAAGAAUUUAAUUUAAAGAGGUGUACAAGGUAAUUAUUAAGUAACCAAUUCACCUUAGAAGCUAAAAUAAUUUAUCAGAUUUAAAUGA